UGGGAGGCGGCCGCUGAGAGAGUUACCUUGCUGGAUUCCAGAUCAGUUCAGGGAGAACUGGGGUGGAUAGCAAGUCCCCUGGAAGGAGGGUGGGAAGAAGUAAGCAUUAUGGAUGAAAAGAACACUCCGAUCCGCACCUAUCAAGUCUGCAAUGUGAUGGAGCCCAGUCAGAAUAAUUGGUUACGAACUGAUUGGAUUCCCCGUGAGGGGGCUCAAAGGGUAUAUAUUGAAAUCAAGUUCACGCUAAGAGACUGCAACAGCCUGCCAGGUGUCAUGGGAACUUGCAAAGAGACUUUCAACCUUUAUUACUAUGAAUCAAACAAUGAUAAGGAGCGUUUUAUUCGAGAGAGCCAGUUUGCCAAGAUUGACACCAUUGCUGCUGAUGAGAGCUUCACCCAGGUCGACAUUGGUGACAGGAUCAUGAAGCUGAAUACAGAGAUACGGGAUGUGGGACCGCUAAGCAAGAAAGGGUUUUACUUGGCUUUUCAGGAUGUCGGUGCCUGCAUUGCUUUGGUGUCUGUCCGUGUCUUCUAUAAGAAGUGCCCGUUGACAGUUCGAAACCUGGCACAGUUUCCAGACACCAUUACCGGGGCUGAUACAUCCUCUCUGGUGGAGGUUCGUGGCUCCUGCGUCAACAACUCGGAAGAGAAGGAUGUGCCAAAAAUGUACUGUGGGGCAGAUGGCGAAUGGCUGGUGCCCAUUGGCAACUGUCUGUGCAAUGCUGGCUAUGAAGAACGUAACGGUGAAUGCCAAGCUUGCAAAAUCGGAUACUACAAGGCUCUCUCGACAGAUGUUGCUUGUGCCAAAUGCCCGCCUCACAGCUAUUCCAUCUGGGAAGGCUCUACCUCCUGCACCUGCGAUCGGGGCUUUUUCCGAGCUGAAAAUGAUGCUGCCUCCAUGCCCUGCACUCGCCCUCCAUCUGCUCCCCAGAACCUGAUUUCCAAUGUCAAUGAGACAUCGGUGAACUUGGAGUGGAGCCCCCCCCAGAACAAAGGUGGUCGGGAAGACAUCUCCUACAAUGUGGUAUGCAAGAGGUGUGGUGCCGGUGACCUCAGCCGCUGCCGGUCCUGUGGCAGUGGUGUGCACUUCAGCCCCCAGCAGAACGGCUUGAAAACCACCAAAGUCUCCAUCACUGACCUUCUGGCACACACUAACUACACCUUUGAAGUCUGGGCAGUGAAUGGAGUGUCCAAGCAAAAUCCCAGCCAGGACCAAGCUGUGUCAGUCACUGUGACAACCAACCAAGCGGCUCCAUCCCCAAUUGCUUUGAUCCAGGCUAAAGAGAUAACAAGGCACAGUGUUGCCUUGGCUUGGCUGGAACCUGACAGGCCAAAUGGAGUCAUCCUGGAAUACGAAGUCAAGUACUACGAGAAGGACCAAAAUGAGCGCAGCUAUCGCAUUGUGAAGACAGCCUCCAGGAAUACUGACAUCAAAGGCUUGAACCCCCUGACUUCGUAUGUAUUUCACGUGCGGGCCAGGACAGCAGCAGGAUAUGGAGACUUCAGUGGACCAUUUGAGUUCACAACUAACACAGUUCCUUCCCCCAUCAUUGGCGAUGGUACCAAUCCCACAGUGCUUCUUGUUUCAGUGGCUGGCAGUGUUGUUCUUGUGGUCAUUCUCAUUGCAGCCUUUGUCAUCAGCAGGAGGCGCAGUAAGUACAGCAAGGCUAAGCAAGAGGCAGAUGAGGAGAAACAUUUGAACCAAGGUGUUAGAACAUAUGUGGAUCCUUUUACAUAUGAGGAUCCAAACCAAGCUGUGAGGGAAUUUGCCAAAGAAAUUGAUGCCUCCUGCAUAAAGAUUGAAAAAGUUAUCGGUGUGGGGGAAUUUGGUGAAGUAUGCAGUGGACGUCUCAAAGUACCAGGAAAAAGAGAAAUCUGUGUUGCUAUCAAGACUUUAAAAGCUGGCUACACCGAUAAACAAAGGAGAGACUUCCUGAGUGAGGCCAGCAUCAUGGGACAAUUUGACCACCCCAAUAUCAUCCACUUGGAAGGUGUAGUGACUAAAUGUAAACCAGUAAUGAUCAUAACUGAGUACAUGGAGAAUGGCUCCUUGGAUGCCUUCCUCAGGAAGAAUGAUGGCAGAUUUACAGUCAUCCAGUUGGUGGGGAUGCUUCGUGGCAUUGGCUCAGGAAUGAAGUAUCUGUCUGACAUGAGCUAUGUGCAUCGGGAUUUAGCUGCUCGAAACAUACUAGUCAACAGCAACUUGGUCUGCAAAGUCUCUGACUUUGGCAUGUCCCGUGUCCUGGAAGACGACCCUGAAGCAGCUUAUACCACACGGGGUGGCAAGAUCCCCAUCAGGUGGACUGCACCAGAGGCAAUUGCCUACCGUAAAUUUACAUCGGCUAGUGAUGUGUGGAGCUAUGGCAUCGUCAUGUGGGAAGUGAUGUCCUACGGAGAAAGACCUUACUGGGAUAUGUCCAAUCAAGAUGUUAUUAAAGCCAUUGAGGAAGGGUAUCGGCUGGCACCGCCAAUGGACUGCCCCAUUGCUCUCCAUCAGCUAAUGUUAGACUGCUGGCAGAAGGAACGCAGUGACAGGCCUAAAUUUGGACAGAUCGUCAACAUGCUGGACAAACUCAUCCGCAACCCCAACAGCCUGAAGAGGACAGGCAGUGAGGGCUCCAGACCUAGCACAGCCCUGCUGGAUCCCAGCUCCCCUGAGUUCUCGGCGGUUGUGUCUGUCAGUGACUGGCUCCAAGCCAUUAAAAUGGAGCGAUACAAGGAUAACUUCACAGCUGCUGGCUAUACCACCCUAGAGGCUGUGGUGCAUAUGAACCAGGAUGACCUGGCAAGGAUCGGGAUCACUGCCAUCCCGCACCAGAACAAGGUCUUGAGCAGCGUUCAAGCAAUGCGCACCCAAAUGCAACAGAUGCACGGCAGGAUGGUUCCCGUCUGA